CCCGAACCGAUCAGGGGUAAAAAUGAAGACGGCGAAAUCGAGGAAAAGGUGGCAUGACACGCAAUCAGCACUAACCCCAAAGCUACCAACCAGCCAGAUAUACACCAUCCUAAUGCCCCCCUGGACAAGCCGCCCAACAUGAACACCACCGCGAUCCAAAUCACCAUCACCAACAUGGCCGACGAUCACACCCCCAACACGACAGUCUACCAAGACGCAGACCUAACCGUCAACCUCACCCUCCGCCCCACCACCCCAGGCCACACCAUCGCGACCCUCACCACGAACAGAACCAACCUGUUCAACCUCCCCCUACCGACCUUCACUGAAGCCCUCCAAACGCUCCGCACCAUCGCCUCCCACCUCCGCAAGACAUACAAUGUCCAACGCUGCGCGCUGAUCACGACGGGGGGAACGAGCCUCUCUCUCCUGCCGCUCCACGGCCUCACCCCGCAAUGGAGCCCAGUCACGCACCCCACCCAGGAAUUCCACCCGCAGUACCCGGGGUACAUCACGUCGAAAGACGCGCCGCAGCUGCCGACCCCGCAGCUCAACACCAUCCGCAGCUCCAUCCUCUUCGCCGCCUCCCAGUCCCCGACGACCUACCACGCCGACCACACCUUCCACGGCUCGGACCCGGCCGACGCCAACCUCUUCGCGCGCAUCGUGCGCGGGGAGCUCUCCCCGCAGUGGCGCGUCUGGGAGGACGCGCGCCACGUCGCCUUCCUAACGCCGUACCCCAACACCCCCGGGUUCACGGUGGUGGUGCCGCGCGCGCACCUGUCGAGCGACAUCUUCUCACUGGCCCCGGCGGAGUAUGCCGCGCUGGUGGAGGCGGCGCACACGGUGGCGAGGCUGCUGAUCCGGGCGUUUGGGAUUGAGCGCUGCGGGAUGAUCUUCGAGGGGCUCGAGAUCGACUACGCGCAUGUCAAGCUGGUGCCCAUCCGCGGCGGCGGGGGUGAUGACUACGAUGAUGACGACUACGACCGCUACGGCAUCAGUGAGCCCUUCCAGGAGACCUAUCAGGGGUAUGUCUCCUCCUUGCCGGGGCCGAGGGUGGCAGAUGUCGGGGAGGUGGUGAGGAGGGCGGCGGAGAUUCGGGCGUUGGUCGGUUCGGAUUCUUAGCUUUGCGCUGAGAUUAGACGGGGACCCGUUAUCUAGACCUUGAUUACUU